AUGUGCUCGGUACGUCUCCUUGUUACCGUCCUGCUCUGCUACUCGUGCCCUCUCAACUUCCUGCUACUCGUGCCCUCUCAAUUUCCUGCUACUCGUGCCCUCUCAAGUUCCUCCUACUCGUGCCCUCUCAACUUCCUGCUACUCGUGCCCUCUCAACUUCCUGCUACUCGUGCCCUCUCAACUUCCUGCUACUCGUGCCCUCUCAACUUCCUGCUACUCGUGCCCUCUCAACUUCCUGCUACUCGUGCCCUCUCAACUUCCUGCCACGCGUGCCCUUUCACCUUCCUGCCACUCGUUGCAUUGUUCAAGUGGAGGGGUGUCAUUCCCCAUGAUGUGGUGCUCAUGGACUCAGAGGACGCGUAUGAAAGCUGCAACUUCGGAGCUGCUAAGAAGCUCACUCGAAUCGUCAACUCGAAGACGUACAGAGCGAGGCUCAUGGCGCCGAAGAGGGAGCGCGUUAGUCGUUCAGGCGAGUCGACGAGGCGCGUGACACGGUCGACGAGUGUGCAGGAGGAGUUGGAGCGAGAGAAUGCGGAGGAGGCGCAGGAGGUAGCGGGGGUAGCAGGGGUUGCAGAGGUAGCCGCGGAGGAGGCCGACGGCGAACCACAGACGACGCGUGAGCGGCGCGAUGAUCGUCGUGCCGAGACGAACGGCUCAGAUGAAAGCGGGACUCGCCGGAGCAAGCGGCUUAGGACGGGAGGCGCGAGCGGCGGCGAUGGUUCCUCGUCGCAGCAGCCGGUUGACGUGGUGAAGCGCGAGCGAGCCGCGGGCCCGGUGAAACGGGAAGCUGACGUGGCCGCGAGCCGCCAAGCUGGAGUGGUGAAACGGGAGGCUGCUGUCGUGGCGAAGCGGGAAAACGUCUCUCGCGCCAAGGGCAAGGAAAAAGUGGUUGAAAGCAACAGCGGCCACCAUGCCGAGGCUGACGGUUACGAGCCAGACGGCUACGCUCGGGAUUCGCAGGCUGCCGGACCUAGCACGCAGCCUCGCGCUCGUGAACGCGCCGAGCCUGAAGAAGAUGCCGAACGUCCGGUUACUCCGUCCGGUAUGGGGGAGGAUCGGGACGGACCUGAAGGCACGCCGACACAGGCAAUAGUGGCUCUUCCUCGCGCCAUGCCAAGAGGCGAGGAUGGAUUCCAGCCGGGCAACAUCCUAUUGGUGCAGGUGCAGCACUUCAUGACGUAUGCUUCCAUCUCAGCGCGCCCCUCGCCGCGCCUCAACCUCAUCGUCGGGCCCAACGGGUCCGGCAAGAGCUCGCUCGUCUGCGCCAUCGGGCUGGGGCUGGGCGGAGAACCCAAGAUGCUGGGGCGGGCGGCACACGUGGGGGAGUUUGUGCAGCGGGGGGAGCGCAGUGCGGAGAUCAGCAUUGUGCUGCGGGGGGAUGUGGCGGGGGAGGAGGUGCACGUCACCCGCAAGAUCUCCAUUGAGAACCGCACCGACUGGCUGCUCAACGGGCAUGCAGUGCGGCGGGAUCAGGUGCAGGAGUGCAUGAAGCGCUUCAACAUCCAGAUCUCCAACCUCACACAGUUCCUCCCCCAGGAUCGGGUGUGUGCGUUCGCGGGCAUGUCGCCCAUACAGCUGCUGGAGGAGACGCAGAGGGCCGUGGGCGACCCACAGCUGUCCCAGCAGCACGCCUUCCUCAAAGACCAGCAGGACGCCCUCGCCACCCUGCACGCGACGUUGGUGUCGCACGAGGAGCAGUUGGGCAAGCUGCAGGUGGCGAACGCGCAGGUGGAGGUGGAUGUGGAGAAGGUGCAACGCAGGGAGGCCAUUCUCAAGGAGGUGGCGCUGAUGAAGAAGAAGGUGCCAUGGCUCAAGUACGAGCGCAUGCAGCGGCGCGUGAGGGAGAUGGAGGGGGCGGUGGAGGCAAGGCACAGGGAGCGGGACGAGCUGCAGACACAAGUCAUGGCCGCCAGGGACCCCCUCGUAGCGUUGAAGGAGAGUCGGGCGGGGUUUGCAUCACUGGUGGCGAAGAUAGGACGUGAGAACGAGGCGAGGGAGAGGAAGCUGCGGGAACUUUCAGAGGAGAGCGACCAGCUGGUGCAGCAAGCUGUGGAGAGGCAGCGCGACGUGUUGGAGGCGAAGAAGAAGGCGGAGAGUCGCGAGCAGCGGGUGGCCAAGGCACAGGCGGACCUGCAGCAGCUGGAGGCGCAGCUGGCCGCGCUGCCGGAAGUCAAACCGCCCAAGGCCGCUGUGGUGGGUGAUGGGAGAAGGAAGGGGAGUGGGGGGCCAUGGCCGCCCAAGAAAGCCGUUGCGCGUCUCACAACUCUCUCCCCGUCCCCCGGUUUGUUUCACCCCCUCCGUGCUGGCUGGGGGCAGGACCCUUUGGCGAAGCGAGGGAGGGAGCUGCGGAUGCAGGCGGGGGAGAAGGAGCGCGAGGGGCGGCAGCUGGAGCAGCAGAUGAGCGUUCUGAGGGAGCAGAUGGGGCGCGUGGAGCGACGCAUUAACGAGGUGGCGAACAGUCGCAACCGGCGCAUAGAGCGGGCGGGCGACAGGGAGCUGAAGCAGGCGUGUGAGUGGCUCGACCACAACCGCGCUCAGUGCAAGGGCGCCGUCUACGGACCCAUUCUUGCUGAGGUGAACGUUAUCGACCCCGAUGCGCAUGCAGCCUGCCUAGAGCAGCACGUGCCGGUGUGGGUGUGGAAGGCCUUUGUGACAACAGUACCGGAGGACCGGGAUUUCCUGGUGCGCCACUUAAAGCCCCUCGGUUUGGCGGUGGUCAACGAGAGCAGUCGCCCUGAGGAGCUGGGUCCUCCUGCACAUGCCAUGGCGGUGGAUGCGCAUCUGCAGCGCCUAGGUGUCACGCACCGAUUGGACGAGGUGUUCAACGCGGCCCCAGUGGUGCGCAGUGUGCUCAACCAGCAGUCGCAGCUCUUCCGCUCCUUUGUUGGAUCGCAGGAGGCCGAUAGGAACGCGGAGGUGAUACAGGAGCGGGGAGUGGAGGACCUGUGGACGCCAGAGAGCCACUACCGCUGGCUGCGCUCGCGCUACAACGGCUCCCUCUCCAUCAAUGCGCACGGCGUGCGCCCCUCCCGCUUCUUCUCCCAAGAGUCGGGGUUGCAGGAGGAGGAGCAGCUGCAGGCAGAGAGGGAGCGCAUUGAUGCGAGGGGCAGGGAGCUGCAGGAGAGGGCGAACGCCGUGCGGCGGGAGCAGCGAGCUCUUGAGGCCGAGGCCGCACAGUGCGAGAGACAGCGGGAUGAGAUUGUGAACGAGUACCACGGGCAGAAGAAGCAGCGCACCGACCUGCAGGACCGCAUUGUGCAGAAGCGGAGGCUGGUGGAAGAAUCGGGGCAGAGCGAGAAUAUGGAGGAGGUGGAGAGGAGGGCGCGGGCGGACAUUGCUCUCAGCAUGGAGCGGCAGCUGGGCAACGCCAAGAAGACACAUAAGCACCUACUGAGCCUGUGGCAGGAGAAGCGGCGCCUCUCCUCCCUGCAACUUGCUGUGGACGAGCUCUCCUUCCUGGUGCGGGAGCGAGAGGGCGAGUUCAAGGACCUGGACGAGCAGCUGCUGAAGCUGCAGCAGGAGGUGAUGCGCGGCCAUGUGAUGGGUGAGGCAGCAGCAACGCAGUUGGCACUUACGCACUCACCUUGCACACCCCCGUUCCUCUUCCUCCAUUCCUCCCCUCCCUCUCCCCAUCUCCAUCCACUUACGGCCACCGGAGGAUCUGGUGCAGGCAGCGAAGCAGGAGGAUCUGGUGCAGGCAGCGAAGCAGGAGGGAUGCAGAGGAGGACCGGCUGCAAUUGUCGAAGCACCGUGGAACUCACCUUUCUCCCAUCCCUCUCCCCAAUUACUACGCUUCCACUUUCCUGCCCCCUCUUCCCUUCUUCUGCCCACAGAGGAAUAUCGGAGGAGGAUCGGGUGGCGGCAGCGAAGCAGGAGGCAGCAGCAGCACUGGAGACAGCGAGAGGGGUGGUGGACCUGAGGAGAGAUGAGGAGGCCAAGAGGCUCUUUGAAACGCUGCCCGACUCGUUGGAGGAGCUACAGGAGGAGGUGGAGGAGCGCAUAGGGCAGGCGAACCGCAUCGUGUGCCCCAACCCGCACGUGCUGCAGCAGUUCCAAGAACGGCAGGAGCAGAUCCGCAGCAUGCAGGGCAAGGUGGAGAGUGAGCGGCAGCAGCUGGAUGAGCUUAGGGCAGAGGUGGAGCGCGUGCAGGGUCUCUGGCUGCCUCGCCUCCGUUCGCUGAUCAUUCGCAUCAACGAGGCCUUCUCCAGAAACUUCCAGGAAAUGGCCGUUGCUGGGGAGGUGGCUCUAGCCAACAAAUUGCGACGCACCUCCCCUUCUUGUCUCCCUUCAGAUGAGAGGGGCGCUGACUUUCGUUCAUACGGCAUUCGGAUCCGAGUCAAGUUCAGGGAGAGUGCAGAGCUGCAGGACCUGAGUGCGCACCACCAGUCCGGAGGGGUACGUUUCUUGCUUAAAGGGGUUCUUGCUGUGCUGUCCAUCU